AUGGAGAAGCACAUCGGCUGUGACGGAGUCGUCGGCUCCGGCCGCGUGCUGGAUGCCUGCGGCGAGUGCGGUGGCAACAACAGCACGUGCCAAAUUAUCUCAGGCAUCUUCACCGAGCCGUACCUGGAGGCUGGCUACCGCCUGGUGGUGCAAAUCCCGGCGGGGGCCUGCACCAUCCGCAUCGAGGAGCUGGGAGCCACGAAAAACUACCUCGCUCUGCGCGACAGCAAGGGGAAGUUUAUCAUCAAUGGCGACUGGAACAUCGACAUGUCGGGCUCGUAUGGCGGCGCCGGUGCCAGCUUCGCCUACCAGCGCCAGCCGGCCCGCGGCGAGCUCAUCUCCGCCCAGGGACCAAUCACAGAACCCGUCGACAUCUUUAUCCUGUACCGGCAGGCCAACCGCGGCAUCAAGUACGAGUACGCCAUCAAGCGGAACGCGUCGCUGACGUCGGUGCUGCCGCGGCUGCCGACGGACACGGGCGUGGCCCAGUGGGUCGUCACCGGCUACACCGAGUGCAGCAAGUCCUGCGGCGGGGGCACCAGGACCACGGAAGUGGUGUGCAUGAAGAGGAAGCGGAAGCAGCUGGCGCCGGACCGGCACUGUGACGCGGCCAGCCGACCACAGCCAAGCACAGCCAGCUGCAACACCAGCCCCUGCCCAGCCAGGUGGGAGCCGGGCGCCUGGUCGGCGUGCAGCGUCACGUGCGGCUCGGGCCGACAAACACGCUCUCUGCGCUGCGUCAGCGACGGUCAGCAGGUGGCGCCCUCUCUGUGCCCGGGCGAGCCGCCGGCGCCCGAGAGCCAGACCUGCCUGAUGGCGCCGUGCCCGGUCGGCCUCUGGCAGAUCGGCGCCUGGAGUCCGUGUUCGGUGAGCUGCGGCUGGGGCUCGCGGCGGCGCCAGUGUUCGGUGGAGUGCGGCCAGGGCGUGCAGUGGCGCCAGGUGACGUGUGGAGGCAACUGUGACGCCCAACGGCGGCCCGAGGAGACGCGGCCCUGCAAGACGGACCGCCGCUGCGCCGGCACCUGGUUCACCGGGCCGUGGAGCAGGUGCUCUCACGAGUGCGGCGCCGGCGUGCAGACGCGCUCCGUCGCCUGCGUCCGCUCCAACGGCGGCCAGUUCUCGGUGGUGGAGGAGGCGGGAUUCUCCUCCACUGAAGGCCUCGACAACCAGACGACGCGGGUGAACGCUGUCGACACCGAAGUCAACGCGAUACCGCGCGUCAACGAUGAGAACUUCUCGUUUACCCCGACGCCGUCGGAUGGCGCCGUCGGCGCCGGCUCGGACGCGACCUCGACCGAGCUACAGGACGUGGCGAACAGCAUCGCGCACGACCGGCCGGCGCGCUCCUGCACGGAUCGGUUCAACAACUGCCUGCUAGUGCAGCAGGCACGACUCUGCAAGUAUAAAUACUACAGAAACGCUUGCUGCGCCACUUGCAAGCGGGGCAAGGGCACCUGA